AUGUUUCGUAAUGUUAUAAGGAAAAUAAAGCCAACAGGUCAAUUUAUUCACCAAGCAGCAAGUAUUCCUACCACUAGAACCUCCAUUUUGCCCAAUGGCUUAACCGUGGCAACAGAAUUGAUUCCCAACACGUCGAGUGCCACCGUGGGUAUCUUUGUAGAUGCCGGUUCUCGAGCUGAAAAUGUUAAAAACAAUGGGACUGCUCAUUUCCUAGAGCAUUUGGCCUUUAAGGGAACUCAAAAUAGAUCACAAAAGGGUAUCGAAUUGGAAAUUGAAAAUAUUGGGUCUCAUUUAAAUGCAUAUACCUCGAGAGAAAAUACUGUUUAUUACGCUAAAUCACUGAAAGAGGAUAUUCCAAAGGCUGUGGAUAUAUUAAGUGAUAUUCUAACCAAAUCUGUUCUAGACCCUCGUGCCAUCGAAAGAGAAAGAGAUGUUAUCAUUAGAGAGAGUGAAGAGGUGGAUAAGAUGCAUGAUGAAGUAGUUUUCGACCAUCUUCAUGCAAUUACAUAUAAGGAUCAACCACUGGGGAGAACGAUCUUGGGUCCUAUCAAGAAUAUAAAAUCUAUAACAAGAAAUGACUUGAGAGAAUACAUUACAAAAAACUAUAAGGGUGAUAGAAUGGUUCUUGCCGGCGCAGGUGCUGUAAACCACGAUGAGUUGGUGGAAUAUGCACAAAAAUAUUUUGGUCAUCUAGGUAAAUCUGUGUCACCCGUACCCUUAGGAUCGCCUCGUGGCCCAUUACCUGUGUUUAUGAGAGGGGAAAAAUUAAUGGAGGAGAAUACGCUACCAACAACUCAUAUUGCCAUUGCUCUAGAAGGUGUUUCAUGGUCAGCUCCAGAUUAUUUCAUUGGAUUAGCUACACAGGCAAUUAUUGGCAAUUGGGACAGAGGUAUGGGGGCAGGUACCAACUCUCCAUCUCCACUAGCUGUUGCUGCAUCCAAUAAUGGUACAUUGGCUAAUUCUUACAUGUCCUUUUCCACGUCAUAUGCUGAUACAGGGUUAUGGGGGAUGUAUAUUGUGACAGCUUCUAAUGAACAUAAUGUCAAGCAAAUCAUAGAUGAAGUCAUUAGAGAAUGGCGUAGAAUUAAAGCAGGGAAUAUCUCCGAUGAAGAAGUAAAUAGAGCUAAGGCACAGUUAAAAGCGGCACUAUUGUUAUCAUUGGAUGGCUCGACAGCUAUAGUGGAAGAUAUGGGGAGACAAAUAGUGACAACGGGGAAGAGAUUAUCACCUGAGGAGGUUUUCCAAAAAGUGGAUCAAAUAACAAAGGAUGACAUUAUCAUGUGGGCAAACUAUAGAUUAAAAAAUAAACCUGUUUCCAUGGUUGCCCUGGGGAAUAUUAAGACAGUACCAAAGUUAUCAUAUAUUGAACAAAGUUUAAAUCAAUAG